AUGUCUGUGAAAUUGGCUUCACAACUUCAGUCGGCUUUUGUAGAUGUCUCUCCUGAAGAAACUUUUCAGAAGAGCCACUUUGAAAGUUUUAAAGAAUCGACUGCGACAGCUAUGUCGAAGGAUUCUCAGUUUGCUGAUCAGGUUUCACAAAAUGGAGCUGCUUCCACGCCGGGUAUAGGUACUUCUGAAGGUUCCUCAUCUAAUAGGAUGCUACAGAAUCCGCAAUAUCGACAACAGCUGCAAGAUAUGUUAAGUAACAUGGGGGGAAGCACUGAAUGGGAUAACCGUAUGAUGGAUUCCUUAAAAAAUUUCGAUCUUAGCAGUCCUGAGGUCAAGCAGCAAUUUGGUGAGUUUUCCAGUAGUUAG